AUGAAUAAUCCUCAAAACUUUGAUAUAAAUAAUUUAAAAAAACUUGGGAAAAUAGGAAUAAGCAUAGGUGCAGUAAUAGGAGUAACUUCUUUUGGUAGUUGGCUUUUUAAAAACAGUUUAUAUAAUGUAGAAGCAGGAAAAAGAGCGAUCAAAUAUAAUCGAAUAUUUGGUUUAUCAAAUAAAAUAUAUGGAGAAGGAACACAUUUUUUAAUACCUUAUUUUGAGAGAUCUAUUAUUUACGAUGUUAGAACAAAACCAAGAGUACUCAUGUCACUAACAGGUUCAAGAGAUUUGCAAAUGGUUAAUAUAACAUGUCGUGUAUUAUCAAGACCUAACGAAAAAAAAUUAGUAGAAAUAUAUAGAACAUUAGGUAAAGAAUAUGAUGAAAAGGUUUUACCUUCUAUCAUUAACGAAGUAUUAAAAAGUGUUGUAGCACAGUAUAAUGCAUCUCAGUUAAUUACACAAAGAGAAGUUGUAAGUAAGUCCGUAAGGGAACAAUUAGUACAAAGAGCAAAAGAUUUUAAUAUUUUAUUAGAUGAUGCAUCAAUAACUCAUUUAAGUUUUAGCAGUGAAUAUGAAAAAGCUGUUGAAGCUAAACAAGUAGCUCAGCAAGAAGCUGAAAGAAGUAAAUAUAUUGUUUUAAAAGCUGAACAAGAAAAAAAAUCUACUAUUAUUAAAGCACAAGGAGAAGCAGAAGUAGCUAAAUUAAUAGGAUUAGCUGUUAAGGAUAACCCUGCUUUCAUGGAAUUAAAAAAAAUUGAAUUGUCAAAAGAAGUUUCUAAUAUUAUUUCAAAAUGCCAAAAUAAAGUUAUGCUAUCAGCAGACUCAUUAUUACUAAAUUUUGUAAAAUAA